ACCGGGUCUCUCACUCGUUCUCUCUAUAUGCCACACAACUGGUACUAAUCCCGUGGUAUCUGCGACGACCCAUGCAUUCCCGGUAUCCGCGAUGCUUGAUAGGGGGAGGAGGGGGAAAUGGUCAGCCGCUGUGUGUGUGUGUGUUUGUACCGGCAGUACACGAUUGCUCGGUCAUCGAGGCGUAACACGUACGUGUACGUAUCGUCACAAAGCGCGCGGGAAAACCCUGGGAAGCCGGAGCGAGAGAGCUGUAGCAGCAGCUGAUCGCGUUACAACUGGGCUGGUGGUCAGAUGCAGAGCGAGCGAGCUGGGGCUAACAUCUGGACGCGAACGUGUACUGUUACUCUCGCACUCACUCGCGCACACACGUGUUGCUUUCCUACAGUGCAGUUACACACACGCACUCGCACGCAAAGCGAGAGAGGCGUGUGAGAGUGGCGGGAAGCAAACAGUUGCACUCAAGUCUUGUUAGAACGUCGGACCCUAUAAGAGUUGCAGCAACGAAUAUAUAAAAUAGGCAUAUAUAGAAGGUAGAAUACAGAGAGAGGCUAUACAGCGACCCGUGAUUGCGAUGACAACGCCAACGAUGGACAUCGAACAAACAGACAUCGUGUACGUGCAAGAGCAAGGAAGCGGGUACACGGAAGCCAUCAGCAUCCCGGCCAAGAGAAGCUACGCGGAGAUGAACCCCUACGACGGGAGCAUGCUACACGUAGAAGCUGCAGAGUCGCCGCGCAUCACCUCCCCCGCCGGAUCCGACGAGGGCUUCUCCGAAUUCGCCGACCAACCUGCUCCGUCCGUUAAUCCGAAACCGAAAUCUCGGAUCCGCAACCGGGAGCGAAAGCGACCCGUGCAUCGCGGGAAACCGCCAUAUAGUUACAUCGCGUUGAUCUCCAUGGCGAUAGCAAAUGCUCCGGAGCGACGCAUCACCGUCGACGACAUCUACAAAUACGUGAUGACGCGCUUUCCGUUCUAUCAGACGACGACCAUCAAGUGGCAGAACUCUGUCCGGCACAACCUGACCCUCAACGACUGCUUCGUGAAGCUGGAGCGAGAGCAGGGAAGCAGACCCGGAAAGGGAUGCUACUGGACGCUCGAUCCCAACUGCGAGGACAUGUUCGACAACGGGAGUUUUCUGCGCCGACGCAAGCGCUUCAAGAAAGAGAAAGGUGCAACGCAGACGGCAACCCCGCGUCACGCCGCGACGCAGGCGAGUCGGCAGUGUGAAGCAGCGCCGCCUAACAUCGUCGUGGCGGAGGGUGGCGGGCUAGCGCACGCCGGCAUGCAGCAGCGAAUCUCUGCUCACCAGUACGCGGCGGCGGCGGCGACGACGACCAAGACGGAAUACGGAUGGCAUGAGAUGACCGCCGCGCAACCGGACACGCACACCAUCAGUCCGGUCAGCACGAGCGGAACGAGCGGAACGAGCGGCUACAAUUCGGAUCCAGAUUCGGCCGUCGUCGGCCGCAUGCCGACGGAUCCGGUGAGUCCGGCUUCGAGUCCGCUGUACGGGCCGUCCGUGAGCGUGCAGCAGGUCAGCGCUGACCGCCAGCCGGUGCGCUACGCUCCCCCCGCGUACACGCAGACCGAGUACAUGCUGAUGCAGGCCCCUUACAGUGCCUACCAGAGCUUCCCCGGCCACAAAAUAGAGUCGACGUCGGCGGGAUUCCCCGGGGAUGGCUGGUUACUACCGGGAUCAACAUCGUCGUCGUCGUCGUCACGCUAUCUGGAUAUGAUGUCCACAUACAGACAGUACGGAAUGCCGCCGCCGUCAGCAGCACUGAGUUACACCUCGCAGCAUGACUACCAGCACUUGUGACCGCUCCCUCCGACUCAUACAUUACCCACACAGAUUCAUUCCUACAUGAACCAGAUUCCAAUGCGGAAUGAACAUAUUCCGACAUGUAGUAGACAGAUUAUAACGUGCGUUGAGUAGAUUCCAGCAUGGAAUGAUCAGGUUCCAAUCUGGAUUCCACGCUACUCAUUCAGACGUACGUGGAUAUCUGUGCUCUGAUACGUAUAGUAAUAUCAUGUACAUUUCGCGAGACACGUCAGUAAUAUUGAUAUAACUACGAUUGUUUCUUUGUUUGUUUGUUUAUUUUUUUAAAUUUCUAUCGCAUGUACGUUGUCACCAGACUAUCAUCGCUCUUGCUAUAUGUUUUGUCCACUCGAGUUAAAAUGGUAAACUGAAUCCGUAUCUAUUUGUAGUCGUAUUGGUAACACUAGCCGCUAACUGCAGCGCGAAUUUUCAAGCGAAACCCGAUCACAUACUGUAUGGCUGUAUUAUUUUAGCGCUCCUAUGCGAGUGUCGCGUUUGCCAAUGCUCGCAAAUGAUGUUUAAUUUACGAGUAGAUCGGCCUUAAUCAACGCAGUCGUUAGAAAACAAGCACUUGAUACGCGCCAGUUAAUAAUUUACUUACAAGAUCACCCUCAACCUUGUCGCUGUCACGUACUUGUAAACAAUAGCCGCGUUCACACGUGGCAAGAAAUACGGUAUUUAGCGUUCACACGAGGCAAAAUGCGCGGUCCAAGAAAU